UCUGCCUUGGCCUCCCAAAGUGCUGGGAUUACAGGUAUGAGUCACCACACCUGGCCAGAUCCAAAAUGUUAAAGGAUGAAGAGGAUGUUAGGUAAAGAUACAAAGUUCAAUUUGUAGAGAUGCAUAGUAACUUCCACAGGCAUUAAGUGGAAAAGUGAGAAUGGGUUGUAAUGUUAGUUUGUUACUCAACAGAUGCUAGCUGUUUUAAUUAUACAUAAACACUACUGGCAGUAAAGGGAGAGCUUGAACAGAUGUCCAGGUGAAACUCCAGGGAGAGGAGCAAGGGAGUCAGAGUCAGUUCACUGAGCCUGUUUCUCCUGUGAAAUGGAUAAUGAGGUUGCCUUACUCACAGUGGUGGCAAGAGUCAGAGAUGGUUGCCACCUACACAGUGUUUAGGACUCUGAGAAGUGUUUGUGAGCCGUUUUGGAGGGGUGAACCUUUGUCCUUCAAGAGGGGCUGGAUUUUUGGCAGGACCUGAAAUAAUAACCAAGGAAGACCGCACAGUCACAAGCUGUCUCCCUGGGCUCGAGGUGGCUCCCACUCAGGGAAGGGGACGGGGGUGUCAGCCACUGCAUCAGGACCUGAGGUCAUCACUUCCUGGGGGAGGGAGGUAAACCUUUACAGGUAAGGAAAGUGAGAUCUAGAGACAGAGUCAUUUGUGAGCACGCCAGGCUGAUGCGUGGCAGGGGGAAAGUUCAAAUCUGGGGAGGGUCUGACCCCAAAGUCCAGCAUCCCUGGAGCGUCCUGCCCAUGUCAGGUGUUUGGAUUAAUGGGACAUCCCAGAAAUAGUGUGUGCAGCCUCCCAGGGGACAGCUUCCACUGUCAGGCACCCAGACCAGUCCGCCGUGGAGAGCAGCAGCCUGCAGAUGGGUCACCAGCGCUCAAUGGGACAGAUGCUGGCAUGGCAUUGGGAUGUCACAUGCAUACCCCCCCACUGGACACGAGGAUUCCAGGGGCUCAUGGGAUCUGCCUGCUGCACCCACAGGUGUGGCAGGCGUGCUUGUGGGACACCCGUUUGACACAGUCAAGGUGCGGCUUCAGGUCCAGAGCGUGGAGAAGCCUCAGUACCGCGGGACGCUGCACUGCUUCAAGUCCAUCAUCAAGCAAGAGAGUGUGCUGGGUCUGUACAAGGGCCUGGGCUCGCCGCUCAUGGGGCUCACCUUCAUCAACGCGCUGGUGUUUGGGGUACAGGGCAACACCCUCCGGGCCCUGGGCCACGACUCGCCUCUCAACCAGUUCCUGGCAGGCGCAGCGGCGGGCGCCAUCCAGUGCGUCAUCUGCUGCCCCAUGGAGCUGGCCAAGACGCGGCUGCAGCUGCAGGAUGCGGGCCCGGCACGCACCUACAAGGGCUCGCUGGACUGCCUCGUGCAGAUCUACGGGCACGAGGGUCUGCGUGGCGUCAACCGGGGCAUGGUGUCCACGCUGCUGCGAGAGACGCCCAGCUUUGGCGUCUACUUCCUCACCUACGACGCGCUCACGCGGGCGCUGGGCUGCGAGCCGGGCGACCGCCUGCUGGUGCCCAAGCUGCUGCUGGCAGGUGGCACGUCGGGCAUCAUGUCCUGGCUCUCCACCUACCCUGUGGACGUGGUCAAGUCACGGCUGCAGGCCGACGGGCUGCGGGGAGCCCCGCGCUACAGCGGCAUCCUGGACUGCGUGCGCCAGAGCUACCGCGCCGAGGGCUGGCGCGUCUUCACACGGGGACUGGCGUCCACGCUGCUGCGCGCCUUCCCCGUCAACGCCGCCACCUUCGCCACGGUCACCGUGGUGCUCACCUACGCGCGCGGCGAGGAGGCCGGGCCCGAGGGCGAGGCUGUGCCCGCCGCCCCUGCGGGGCCCGCUCUGGCGCAGCCCUCCAGCCUGUGAGGCUCACCCCGCCCUCCUUCCCUAGGGCCCCUUCUCAGAAACCUGAGACAUAAAUUGGCCCCUGAGUCGAUUGCGGUGCUCCUGCUCGGAUGCCGGGGCCGUGGACUCUCAGACCUGGGCUGAAUUUUGCUGAUCAGCUGGGUGGCUUUGGCCGAGAACUUCACUUGCCUCAGUGUUCUCAUCUGUGAAAUAAGGACCCUCAUACCCACAUUGUAGAGUCACGAAGGUCAGAGAUGAUUCUGAGCGGCAGCCAGCACCUGGCCUGGCUGAGGCUGUUGCACCAUUCAUUAUCCUGGAAACUGAGGCAGACACUCCAGUCCCUUUCUGGGAUCCUGGCCAUGCCACUGUGUUCCUGCCCUGCAGGCUGGCUCCCAGGGGUCUCUGAUGGCCCACCAAGGGGCUGCCCAGGGACCUGACUCCACAUAUCCUCCACCCGGGAGGUUGGUGGGCCACCUCUGGUCUGUGUUAGGGACAGAGGAAAACUUGGUGUGCCUCCUGGUGUCGCAGAACUGGAUACUCUGCAUACCCCAGCUUCUCCACAUGCCACUGCUAGGGGUACCCCAGCUGCUGCCACUCCUGCUGGAGGGUGAACUGGGGACCCUCCACCCUCCGGGAAGCCAUGGAGUCUGCUGGAGGCACCAUAUCAGCCAACGGGACUAGAGUGGGGAGCAGACAGACCAGUGGGUGGAGGUCUCGACAGUUCAAGUGUGAUGCAGCUGUGGCAAGGAGAAAUCCUUCCACCUCUGAGCCUCAGGCUGCCUGUACGUAAAAUGGGGACAUGGCCAGCUGAUGGACAACUGAGUCUCUGGCCCAGCCAUCACCGCCAGCCAGGAUCCCCCACGGUGUGCAGAGGGCUCAGCAGAAAACAAUAUGGGAUCCCCCUCACCAGGGCUGGAACACCUCCAGCCACAAAGAAGCCAAAGGUCAGUUCCCUUGCUCCCCAGCAAACGGUGCCUCCUAGGCAUUCUCAGAGCCAGGGCUUCAUCCCUGUGAAGGCACAGGGUCAGCUAGUGGGCACGGGGGUGGCUAGUUGGGGCCUGGGGCAGAAGAAGGCGGUACCAGGCAUCCUGGGGAAUAUGCUUAAUGAAGACGACACUGGGCUUUGCACAGCCUGGUGUCGCUGUACAGAAACUGUCAAGCGAAUAAAGUUUUCUUUGUUUUUUAA